UGGUCAGGACACUGUGGAACUAACCAGUGGUCAGGACUCUGUGGAACUAACCAGUGGUCAGGACUCUGUGGAACUAACCAGUGGUCAGGACUCUGUGGAACUAACCAGUGGUCAGGACACUGUAAACUAACCAGUGGUCAGGACUCUGUGGAACUAACCAGCGGUCAGGACACUGUAGAACUAACCAGUGGUCAGGACACUGUAGAACUAACCAGUGGUCAGACACUGUGGAACUAACCAGUGGUCAGGACACUGUGGAACAACCAGUGGUCAAGAACAGUUAGUGGACACACUACGAACUAACCAGUUGUCAAGAACAGUUAGUGGACAGGACACUACGGAACUAACCAGUGGUCAGGAACAGUUAGUGGUCAGGGUACUGUGGAACUAACCAGUGGUCAGGAACAGUUAAUGGUCAGGGCAUUGUGGACCUAACAAGUGGUGAGGCCACUGUAGAGCUAACCAGUGGUCAGGCCACUGUGGAACUAAUCAGUGGUCAGGAACAGUUUGUGAUGAGGCCACUGUGGAGCUAACCAGUGGUCAUGAAACACGUGUAGUAAGAUCACUCUGAACCUACUGUAGAGUAGUAGUACCGCCGCCAGACUACAGUGAAGAAGUUAUAUCACCAAUACCAGCAGCAUUGUCAUCAUCAACAGCAGCAACAUCAGCAAUAACGCUGCUGCAUAAAGUAAAUCUGUGGUGUCAUCCACAGCCACAACUUAUAGCACAGGUAACAAAGUAAAACAGAAAUGUACGACAUAAAGAAAAAAACAAAACUACAGCAACUUCAGAAACGGCAACACAAUUUGCGGCACCAGCAGCAACAGGAACGACAAAAACAUCAGCCCAAAACACGGCUUGGCAGUCGUCGGAAGUUGGUGGUUGUGGCCAGUGUUGUAUUGUUAAUAUUUCUGAUGAUGGCUAACAUGGAACCUGCAGCUCUCACACCGAAACAUGUGGGACCUGAUGCCCAGAGACCAGCUGUCCUCAAGCUGAGGGAACUGAGACCUGAUGCCCCGGGACUUGAUGCCCCGGGACUUGAUGCCCAAGGACCCGAUGCUCCGGGACCUGUUGCCCCAGGACCGGAUGCCCCAGGACCAGAUGCCCCGGGACCAGAUGCCCCGGGACCUGAUACCUCAGGACCUAAUGUCCCAGGAUCUGAUGUCCCAGGAUCUGAUGCACCGGGACUUGAUGCACCGGGACCUGAUGCCCAAGGACCUGUUGCCCCAGGACUGGAUGCCUCAGGAUCAGAUGCCCUGGGACCUGAUACCUCAGGACCUGAUGUCCCAGCAUCAGGUACCCCUGGAUCUAAUGUCCCAAAACCUGAUGUCCCAGGACCUGAUGUCCCAGGAUCAGAUGCCCCUGGAUCUAAUGUCCCAGGACCUGAUACCCCAGGAUCUGAUGCCCCAGGGUCUGAUGCCCGGGGACCUGAUGUUCACGAGGAGCCUGCUGCCACAACACCAGCUGACCUGAGGGCUGCAGGUAUUUAUACAUCACAACUUUUCUAUUAAUUAUGAUAUAAACACAGCCAAAAUCACAAACUUUAAUUCAAGUAUAAACCUAUACACUCAGGUCUCUUCAGUACAAUGAAAGACAAAAGUCGUGUCGUAAAAACUGGGGAAAGCUAAAACUGUUUCACGAGUUAUAUUUAAUCUUCGGACAAAACUGCGACGCGACUUUUGUAUUUGAUUGUACACACAAACAAAACUAUCAGCUUUUCUUCUCGUUGAUACAAGAUGACACAAUGGACUAAAUGUCCUGAUCGCAAUUAGUGAAUCCUUGA